AUGGAUUCCGAAUACCUUCCUGAACCUGCGAUUCCGACUUCCUACAGUCCUCGCACGUAUGGCGGUAAUGCGGCCUUUCACAAUUUCCACAAUGACUAUUCGCAUAUUCAAGACCCAAAUCUACGCAGGAGGUUGGCGCUUUCGGAGAUUGACAAGGUCCCGUUCGGAUGGUAUCAUGUCAGAGCUGUUGUCGUAGCAGGUAUUGGCUUCUUCACAGAUUCAUACGACAUCUUUGCCAUCAAUCUCGUCACUUCGACCCUGGGAAUGGUAUACUGGCAAGGUGCAGCCGGAGGGAGCAGUCCUGGGGUAAUGCCUACCAGUGUCAACACGGCAAUCAAAGCGGCCACGUCGGGAGGUGCGGUUAUAGGUCAAUUGGGAUUCGGUUGGUUGGCAGACGUGGUGGGGAGGAGGAAGAUGUAUGGUGUGGAAUUGGCUAUCAUCGUUGCGGCAACUCUUGCCCAAGCCCUCGCCGCGCCAAGCAAGGCAAUGACUAUGACUGGGUUAUUGAUCUUUUGGAGGGUGAUGAUGGGUAUAGGUAUAGGAGGAGACUACCCAUUAUCAGCAGUCAUCACUUCUGAAUUUGCUCCGACACGCUGGCGUGGUGCAAUGAUGGCGGCUGUCUUCUCUAUGCAAGGUGCUGGACAACUGGCUGCGGCCAUAGUGGCGCUAAUCACGACCGUUGGGUACAAAAAGUCCUUCUACAGCACCAGUGCUUCCUAUUCGAGUUGCCAUGAAGUUUGUCAGAUCGCUGGAGACAAAUCAUGGCGGAUCAUCAUUGGAUUCGGUGCGGUACCUGCUUGUUUCGCCUUGUAUUACCGCAUUACGAUUCCUGAAACGCCUCGGUAUACUUUUGAUAUCGCGCAUGAUAUCGAGAAAGCUCAAGCUGAUAUUACAGCUUAUAUGAACAACAAGAAGGAAGGAGAAGUUGAUCCCAUCACGCAGCAGAAGACUAAACAGAGAUUUGGUCGACAUUUAGCUGCCCCCAGAGCAUCUUGGCCUGAUGUUCUGGCAUACUUUUCCCAGUGGCAACACUUCAAAGUUAUCUUUGGGACCACAUCAUCUUGGUUCUUUCUCGACCUGGCUUAUUAUGGCCUUGGAUUAAACAACAGCAUCGUUUUAAACGCCAUUGGCUACUCUGCUGGCAGCACCAUUUACCAUUCACUCCUCCACACUGCCAUUGGAAAUCUCAUUCUCGUCUGCGCAGGUUCCAUUCCAGGAUAUUGGCUCUGCGUAGCUACAGUCGACACUAUAGGUCGCAAACCACUUCAGAUCGGGGGUUUCUUCUUUCUAACUAUUGUAUUCAUCAUCAUCGGCUUCUGCUAUCACGAGUUGCCUGAAGGCGGCCUUCUAGGCCUGUAUAUACUUGCCCAAGUAUUUUUCAACUGGGGCCCAAAUACUACCACUUUCCUGGUACCAGGAGAAUGCUUCCCAACCCGUUACCGAUCCACGGGUCACGGUCUCUCGGCCGCAGCUGGCAAAAUCGGCGCAAUAGUCGCCCAAGUCAUCGCCCAACCACUCCUCACUAAAGACGCUCCCCAUCCUUGCUCAGGAAGCGCCUGCUCACCCUGGCUUCCGCACCUGAUGCAGAUCUUCGCUCUCUUCAUGCUCUGCGGAAUCCUAGUCUCCUUCCUCGUCCCCGAGACCCGAGGCAGAACCCUCGAAGAACUCGCAGGCGAAGGCUCCACAGCCUUCGACUCCCGCAGCGGCAGCGUGGUCCUCUCCUCGGGCUUUCGCGGCUUCCUUACACGGCAUAACCCCUUCCGAGGAGGUAAACCCGCGGGCUUUAGCUACAAGAGUCCGAACCUCGGCCCGAAGAGCCCGGGGUUGAGAGGAAAGAGGGAAAGGAUGGGGAUCAUGACAUCCCCUGAUCUUAUUCCCAAGAAAGGCAAAAAGUCAAAGAAAGAAAGAGGCGAGAAACACGUAAGGGGCAACAGCGAAGAGAGCGGGAGUAACGGCUACUCGGUCUCGGUCUCUAGCCACGGCAGGCGCGGACCAGAAGAGAACGACGAUUUGUACCUCUCGGGCGCGGUCCAGGGCACGCUGCCGGGGUGGGGCGCGGGCUGGAGCGUGCAGCGGAAUAGUGAUCGCAGGCAGCCGCCCGGGAGGGUGGAGAGUAUCCGGUUGCAUGAUGUGGGGAGUUUGUUGAAGUGA